AGGGGAGUGGGGACACUGAGGGGAACAAAAACUAUUUGAAAAUGUUCCAAAAAUGUAAGAGAACUUGGAUCUCUAUACUCCCGAUGCUCCCCACCCCCAUCAGCUAAAAUAUCAAGCUUUUUGCUUUCAAAGAAAAGCAUUUUCUCGAGUGUUUUGCUCUCAGUUCCACAUGGUAGCCCCAGCUUGCUCAGGAAGUGCUUGGCAUUAGAGGGUUUUGAUGGGGAGAAAAGGGAACAGGGCUAUAGUUGUUGAAGGACCAUGCCAGCCCCACAUGGGCAGGGAUGUCUGUUCUGUUCCCUGCUGUCCCACAGUGCCCUGGACAAUGCCGGGAACAUGGUGGGUUCCAUAAACGUAUACCAAAAGAGGUAUUUGUGGGCAGUUGGUCUGGGAGACAAAACUGGAUCCAUGGGGGCAAGAGGGCUGGCAGCUGCAGACCUGGAUCAACAUGCUCAUAAAAAGGGGAUAUUAAGGCUGGGAAACUGGGAAGGUGACUGGGGUACAUGACCCCCUGCUGACUCGGAGAGGGCACAGCUCCUGGUACAGUCAUUAAAAAUGGGGCCUCUUCAGCAGUUUUCUAAGCUACCACAUUGGCACGAAGGGCAUGAAUGUGUUCGGGCAGGCACAGUGGAGGCUGAGGAGGGGCAGGGUUCCUUCCUGAGGCAUUUGCUCUCCCACCAGCCCCACUAGCAUGAAUGGCAGAUCCCAGCAGCCAUAACCAUCCUUCUUGCAAGUUGCUCAGGCAAAAUACGUCAGUGAAUCCUGCUAACCCUGCCUUCAAAAUAAAUCCAAAAUCUGACCCCUUCUCUUCGGCCCCACCCUGGCCAGGCUUCAUCAUUGCCCACCUGGACUAGUGCAGGAUGCAGGCUUCUCUGCUCCUGCCCUGGCCCCACAUCUGCUCUCUUCACAGGGAGAAACUGACCACCCAAGGGAGAGCGUGUCCCACCCCUGCUCAAAACACUGCAGAAGCACCUCAUCUCAUUCAGUCUAAGAGCCAAAGUCCCUGCAGUGGUGUGUGUGCAAGCCCCUGUAGGUGUGGCCCCCUGUCCCCUCUCUGCCCCCAUCUCUUUCCGCUCAUUCCCCUCAAGCCACACUAGCCUCUUGGCCAUUCCUUGAAAAUCCCAGCCUGGCUGCUGUCUCAGGGCCUUUGCACUUGUUCUUCCUUCUGCCUGCACAGCUUUGUCCCCAGACAGCUGCAUGCCUCACUACCUUCGUCUGUCAAGUGUGUUCUCAAAUGCUCUUAAGUAUGAGCUCUGACUACUCAGUGUAGAAAAACAGCUCCUGCAGAUGCUCCCAGUCCCCUUCCUUGGCUUUAUUUAUUUUUCCAUAGCAUGCUUCACCUAAGGUAACAUACUACACUAUUUACGUAUUCAUUCUGUUUCUUGUCUGUCAAGACUAGAACGAAAGCUUUGUCUCGUUCCUUGCUCUGAAUCCUCAACCCGUAGAAUGGAACCUGGCAUCUAGUAGGUGCUUAGUUAAUAUGUACCAAGCCAAUGUAUGCAUAGUUCUGCCACCUUCAAGUUACGUGACUGGGGGCAAGUGCAUUUCCUGGACCUCAGUGAUCCAGUCUCUGAAAUGAGGCUGACUGAGGGGGCGGGGGGGAGAUACAUAGAGAUUUGAAGUUGCUGCCCCACUACUCAAUAAACAUAUGUGGAAUAGAUGUUAAAACCUGGCCCACAUCUGACCUCAGGCCUGCAGGCUUCCAGCAUGGGGCUUACCAGACCAGGGCUAAGCUUGAAUGCGACUUCUGGGUCGUAGUGUACCAGCCUGGCGUGGUGGGCCUCCCUCUCCCUUGUUUCCACCUGGGUGUCCCUGGUGGCCUGUCAGCGAGCUUUGUCCUUGGCUGGCUCCAUUGCCUGCAUUCCCUAGGACCCUGCUUAGAGUCCUCAGCCCUCUACCCACCCUGCCUCUCUGGUCAACAGCUCCUGUUUAUUAUUUAGCUCUGGAAUGGCGUCUGGACACACGGUUGCAUGAAAGUAGCUAUUGAGAUAGUGCUUGGCAAACAAAAGGGCUGACCUGUCCAGACUUAGGUUCUCCAGAACACAGUCACACUUCACCAGGAAGGACUGGGCCCUUUAAACCUGUGAGCACCACUACCAACCCAGCGAGGGAGGAUCCUAAUUCCCUUGGGGCAGACUCUUGGUGAAAGGUGAAGUCAGAACCUAGGGAGCAGGAAGCCUGCCAGCCAGGCAGCCUCCUCUGCUGGUGUUCCAGCAACAUUUGAGUGCUGGGUGCUGGCACCAUGAUCCCAUGGAAUUCUGCCAGUAGGGUCUGAUGGAGUAAGGAAGACUUUGGGGUUCAUGCACACUUAGGUUUGAAUUGUGAGGUUGCCACUCCAUUCAUUUGAUCCAUAUUAAGCUGCUGCACUGCCACACGCCAUGCACUGUGCUUGGUGGAGGUGAGCAAAGAAUCUUGAAAUUGAGAGUCGGAUGGGAUCCAAUUGUGUGGCUGUGGUCUUGACAAGUUCUUUGCAAGCUCUCAGCCUGGGUUUCUCCUCUAGGAGAUGGUCAGAUCCUGACCUUGGGGUACUGUCUUGUGACUCUCCAUGAUACCACUCAUGGAAGGGCCCUGGCCAGGUUGCGGUUUCCAUCACCCUUUGGCAGAUGUGAAUGGCAGCCCUGCUGAAUCAAUACCCCUCUGUACCACUGCCCCAGGAGCUCCAGGGAGUCCCCAGGGAGCCAGGGAACAAGAGAAGCCCCUGGAACAAAUGACAGGCUCUGCCUUUUUUUUGAAACAAGCCACCCACCACCAUCCCAUCCCUCUACACCCAUCCCCAGAAUCUGGAAUCCGUGAAGGCUACUCACUGAGCGACCUGGAAUCUGUGAAGGGUACUCACUGAGCAAUGUCAGUUGAGUCUUAGGACGUGUCCUGGCCCUGAUGUUCUUCAUCUUCCACCCCCACCCCCAUUUUCUCCAGCGGAACUAUUGGCUCCAAGAAGAGAAACCCUGAGCUUGGUCAGGCUUACUGGAGGAGGGCUUGGUUUAACCUCAUUCUUUCAUGCAUUCACUAACUCAUUCAUUGAAGAAGUGCUUAUGGAAUGUGUACCAGGAACCAUUCCAAAGGAACAAACAGACAAAAAUACCCAGCAGAUACAUAAAUAUGUAAAUUACAUGGUAUAUUAGAAGGUGGGGAACAGCAUUCCAGGCAGACGGAUCAACAAGUGCAAAGGCCCUAAGGUGAGAGUGUGCCUGGUGAAUUCAGGAACGGCAAGGGGCAACAUGGUGAGUGCGGCAACUGGCGGGACUGAGGGCAGGAGGUGGUGGGGGCCUGAUUGUGUGGGCUGUCAUCAGCCACCUGGGGAACUUUCACUUCUUCAUCACUCAGAAACUGGGGAGGGGAGGGAAGACAUUCCAGCCAGGUUGGUGAUCCCCAGCGGGCAUUUGGGCUUUUCCAUUGCCACCUUAAUGGUAUACACAAUGCACAUCUCCUUGUUCAUCCAGCAGCCUCAGGACUGAGUGACCCUGGUCCCCAAGACAGAUACUGAAGACAGAGACUAAGCAGCCUGACAUUUUAAAUAUGGGGAGCCCAGAGCAGGGCGGGGCUGCCCAGGACCUUAGGGAUUCAUUUCUGGUAGGGAAGCCUCCUACCAGGCCUCAGGCAAUGCCAGAAAAAAGGUGCGCGAGGCCCACCUGGCAGGUAAUGAUGGGCAGGGUUGGGUGUAGGAUGUAUGGAGACUUUAGUAUGGGCAAGGUGGGGGUUUAGUAGGUGGAGAGGGGAGAUUGAGACAUCACUGAGCAGCAAAACCCAAGUGUGACAGGUGGUCUGUGUGCUCCUGCCAGAGCAGAGAGACCUGAGUAGGAGGAAGUGGAGGUGGAGGCCCAGGAGAAUGAGACAGACAGACUCACUGGCCAGCGGGAGAAAGUGGUAGGACUAGCCAGGGCUGACACAUCUGUGUGAUCCCUGGUGCGGUAAAUCCGGUAGAUGGAUGGACACGUGGAUGGAUAGAAAGGUGGGUGGAUGCAGCGAGGGAUAGAUGGAUGAAUGAAUGAAUGACUGCGUGGGCGGUGAGCGGCCCGGAGAGGGGCGGGCCAGCUGAGCGCUCAAUCACAGCCCCAGGGUUCGGCGCCCGCCAGCUGCACUCAGAACCCCCCUCACCGCGGCCCUGCCCGGGGGUGCGUAAUUACGUGCCCCCAGGGCUCUGGAUCCGCUGCUGGGACUACAGCGAAGAGGGGCCCGAGCCACCGCCGCCAGGCUCCACGCGCCGGCCUCGAGCGCACUCCCUUCGGCCGCCGGGGAACCUAGAGGCGCGGUUUGGCCCCAGGGUCCCCGGUCCUGCUCUUCUUUGUCUCGGCCUAGUUCUCGGCUGUCUCCGGGCCGCGACCCACCUCUCCGGGCGGUCCUUGCUGCGUGCUUCUGUGCUGCCCCGGGAUCAUCGAGUCAGUUCUCGCUGCGUUCCCGGCCCGUAGGCAUCUCCCCCAGCUGGGGAGGGUCCCCCAAACCCUGUGUCUCUAGGACCGCGGGGCCGGCAAGUGGCAGGAUCUCCAAGCUGCGUCUCUGAUGCGGCGAGGGGAGGUGCGCGAUCAAGGCCCCCCUCUUCUCCGCCUUCUCUCUACGCCCCACCGCUACUACACGUCGCGCUGCGCCGCGACCCCGGCGCUGCCUGUUCGCGCCUUAAGCGGCUCUUCUGCCGCGGUGCGAUCCCCGACGCCAGGAGGACUAACCCCCACCAGCCAGGCCUCAGACCCCACGCAGAUCCAGCCACACACACGACCGCCUGCAGAUACCACAGCCCUUUUCGUUAACCCAAAGCCCCGCACAGGCGCACUGCCCCUACAUGUGCAGCCCCACACACCCACAAGCCCACUCGCAAACAGACCCACACGGCCACACAACUGCCCUCCGGACACUCAGCCCCACGCAGGCACAACCCCAUACACACACAACCGCACACAGGCUCAAUCCCACCCACGCAGUACCUCACGGAGUCGCACAACCCCCCUAUAAACAAUCGCACAGACACACAACCCCACGCAGCGCCGCAUCAUUCAGUCCCGCCGAGACCCAGAAACACAUUCACAAGCUUGUAUCCAGACCCCCCUCCCUCCAAGCCCCGUGACAUUCACUCGUAGGACAGACCAGAAAUAUACAGCCACACUGAUACACACACGGACCUAAACGCACAGCCAAGACCUCACCCGCAGGCUCGUAAGUCACUAGAAAAAUAUUAAAGCGUUCCCUCCCUCCCCUCCUCUCUUUGACACACACACGCCCGCGCGCGCGCGCACUCUCACACUCACACCCCCCGUCCCUAAGCGCCUCGGAGCCUCGCAGCCGGUGACCCCGAGGCCCCGCGGAUCUCAUCUGGCCACCGCGUUCUGGAAGAGGCGAGAGGGAGAGCGUGCGCGAGAGGAGGAGAGAGACGGCGGGGGAAAGGGAGACGGCGAGACGCGCAGCGCCGGCGCCCGGGAGACCCAGGAGGAGCCCGCAGAUAACCAGCCCGAGUCAUGCAGUCUUUUCGAGAAAGGUGUGGUUUCCAUGGCAAACAACAGAACUACCAGCAGACCUCGCAGGAAACAUCACGCCUGGAGAAUUACAGGCAGCCGAGUCAGGCCGGGCUAAGCUGCGACCGGCAGCGGCUGCUCGCCAAGGAAUAUUAUAACCCGCAGCCUUACCCGAGCUAUGAGGGUGGCGCUGGCACGCCCUCUGGCACAGCAGCCGCAGUGGCCGCCGACAAGUACCACCGAGGCAGCAAGGCCCUGCCCACGCAGCAGGCCCUGCAGGGGAGGCCGGCUUUCCCUGGCUAUGGCGUCCAGGAGAGCAGCCCCUACCCGGGCCGCUAUGCUGGUGAGGAGAGCCUGCAGGCUUGGGGUGCCCCACAGCCACCACCCCCACAGCCGCAGCCCCUACCAGCGGGGGUGACCAAGUAUGAUGAGAACUUGAUGAAAAAGACAGCAGUGCCCUCCAGCAGGCAGUAUGCAGAGCAGGGCGCCCAGGUGCCCUUUCGGACUCACUCCCUGCACGUCCAGCAGCCACCGCCGCCCCAGCAGCCCCUGGCAUACCCCAAGCUCCAAAGGCAGAAGCUGCAGAACGACAUUGCCUCCCCUCUGCCCUUCCCCCAGAGUACCCACUUUCCUCAGCAUUCCCAGUCCUUCCCUACCUCCUCCACCUACUCCUCCUCUGUCCAGGGCGGUGGGCAGGGUGCCCACUCCUAUAAGAGUUGCACAGCGCCGACUGCCCAGCCCCAUGACAGGUCACUGACCGCCAGCUCCAGCCUGGCCCCGGGGCAGCGGGUCCAGAAUCUUCACGCCUAUCAGUCGGGCCGCCUCAGCUAUGACCACCAGCAGCAGCAGCAGCAGCAGCAGCAGCAGCAGCAAGCCCUUCAGAGUCGGCACCAUGCCCAGGAAACCCUCCAUUACCAAAACCUUGCCAAGUAUCAGCACUACGGGCAGCAAGGCCAGGGCUACUGCCAGCCAGAUGCAGCUGUCCGGACCCCGGAGCAGUACUACCAGACCUUCAGCCCCAGCUCUAGCCACUCACCCGCCCGCUCCGUGGGCCGCUCGCCUUCCUACAGCUCCACGCCGUCGCCACUGAUGCCAAACCUGGAGAACUUUCCCUACAGCCAGCAGCCGCUCAGCACCGGGGCCUUCCCUGCAGGGAUCACUGACCACAGCCACUUCAUGCCCCUGCUCAAUCCCUCCCCAACGGAUGCCACCAGCUCCGCAGACACCCAGGCUGGCAACUGCAAGCCCCUUCAGAAGGACAAGCUCCCCGAGAACCUGCUGUCGGAUCUCAGCCUGCAGAGCCUCACGGCGCUGACCUCGCAGGUGGAGAACAUCUCCAACACCGUCCAGCAGCUGCUACUCUCCAAGGCUGCCGUGCCGCAAAAGAAAAGUGUCAAGAAUCUCGUGUCCAGGACCCCGGAGCAGCACAAAAGCCAGCACUGCAGCCCCGAAGGCAGUGGCUACUCGGCCGAGCCCGCAGGCACACCGCUUUCAGAGCCGCUGAGCAGCACGCCACAGUCCACGCAUGCAGAGCCACAGGAGGCCGACUACCUGAGCGGCUCCGAGGACCCACUGGAGCGCAGCUUUCUCUACUGCAACCAGGCCCGUGGCAGCCCUGCCAGGGUCAACAGCAACUCGAAGGCCAAGCCCGAAUCUGUGUCCACCUGUUCCGUGACCUCUCCUGAUGACAUGUCCACCAAAUCUGACGACUCCUUCCAGAGCCUGCACAGCAGUCUCCCACUCGACAGCUUCUCGAAGUUCGUGGCAGGUGAGCGGGACUGUCCGCGGCUGCUGCUCAGCGCCCUGGCACAGGAGGACCUGGCCUCCGAGAUCCUGGGGCUGCAGGAAGCCAUCGGUGAGAAGGCCGACAAAGCUUGGGCUGAAGCACCCAGCCUGGCCAAGGACAGCGGCAAGCCGCCCUUCUCACUGGAGAACCACAGCGCCUGCCUGGACUCUGUGGCCAAGAGUGCGUGGCCCCGGCCUGGGGAGCCGGAAGCCCUGCCUGACUCCUUGCAGCUGGACAAGGGCGGCAGUGCCAAGGACUUCAGCCCAGGGCUGUUUGAAGACCCUUCUGUGGCCUUCGCUACCCCUGACCCCAAAAAGACAACUGGUCCUCUCUCCUUUGGCACCAAGCCCACCCUUGGGGGUCCUGCUCCAGACCCUACCACAGCAGCUUUUGACUGUUUCCCGGACACGACCGCUGCCAGCUCAGCGGACAGUGCCAACCCCUUUGCCUGGCCAGAGGAAAACCUGGGGGAUGCUUGUCCCAGGUGGGGAUUGCACCCUGGUGAGCUCACCAAGGGCCUGGAGCAAGGUGGGAAGGCCUCAGAUGGCGUCAGCAAAGGGGAGACCCACGAGGCUUCGGCCUGCCUAGGCUUCCAGGAGGAGGACCCCCCUGGGGAGAAGGUAGCCUCGUUGCCCGGGGACUUCAAGCAGGAGGAGGCGGGUGGGGUGAAGGAGGAGGCAGGUGGGCUGCUGCAGUGCCCCGAGGUGGCCAAGGCUGACCGGUGGCUGGAGGACAGCCGGCACUGCUGUUCCACCGCCGACUUCGGGGACCUCCCGCUGCUGCCGCCCACCAGCAGGAAGGAGGACCUGGAAGCUGAGGAGGAGUACUCCUCCCUGUGUGAGCUCCUGGGCAGCCCCGAGCAGAGGCCCGGCAUGCAGGACCCGCUGUCACCCAAGGCCCCACUCAUCUGCACCAAGGAGGAGGUGGAGGAGGUGCUGGACUCCAAGGCCGGCUGGGGCUCUCCGUGCCAUCUCUCAGGGGAGUCCGUCAUCCUGCUGGGCCCCACCGUGGGCACCGAGUCAAAGGUCCAGAGCUGGUUUGAGUCCUCUCUGUCGCACAUGAAGCCAGGUGAAGAGGGGCCUGACGGGGAGCGAGCUCCAGGGGAUUCCACCAACUCGGACGCCUCUCUGGUCCAGAAGCCCAACAAGCCUGCUGUGCCCGAGGCACCCAUUGCGAAGAAAGAGCCUGUGCCACGGGGCAAAAGCUUACGGAGCCGUCGGGUGCACCGGGGGCUCCCCGAGGCCGAGGACUCCCCAUGCAGGGCACCAGCGCUGCCCAAAGACCUCUUGCUCCCUGAAUCCUGCACAGGGCCCCCACAGGGACAGAUGGAAGGGGCCGGAGCCCCAGGCCGGGGGGCCUCGGAAGGGCUCCCCAGGAUGUGUACCCGUUCUCUCACGGCCCUGAGUGAGCCCCGCACACCCGGGCCUCCAGGCCUGACCACCACCCCUGCACCCCCAGACAAACUGGGGGGCAAGCAGCGAGCCGCCUUUAAGUCGGGCAAGCGGGUGGGGAAGCCCUCACCCAAGGCCGCCUCCAGUCCCAGCAACCCGGCCGCCCUGCCUGUGGCCUCCGACAGCAGCCCAAUGGGUUCCAAGACCAAGGAGACGGACUCGCCCAGCACGCCUGGCAAGGACCAGCGCUCCAUGAUCCUUCGGUCGCGCACCAAAACCCAGGAGAUCUUCCACUCCAAGCGGCGGAGGCCCUCUGAGGGCCGGCUCCCCAACUGCCGUGCCACCAAGAAGCUCCUUGAUAACAGCCACUUGCCCACCACAUUCAAGGUCUCCGGCAGCCCCCAGAAGGAGGGCAGGGUGAGCCAGCGGGCAAGGGUCCCCAAACCUGGUGCAGGCAGCAAGCUCCCUGACCGGCCCCUCCAUGCGCUCAAAAGGAAGUCAGCCUUCAUGGCGCCGGUCCCCACCAAGAAGCGGAACCUGGUCUUGCGGAGCCGCAGCAGCAGCAGCAGCAAUGCCAGUGGCAAUGGGGGAGAUGGGAAGGAGGAGAGGCCUGAGGGUUCCCCCACCCUCUUCAAGAGGAUGUCUUCUCCCAAGAAAGCCAAGCCCACCAAGGGCAAUGGUGAGCCCGCCACAAAGCCCCCACCCCCGGAGACCCCUGACGCCUGCCUCAAGCUCGCCUCUCGGGCGGCCUUCCAGGGGGCCAUGAAGACCAAGGUGCUGCCGCCCCGGAAGGGCCGGGGCCUGAAGCUGGAAGCCAUUGUGCAGAAGAUCACCUCGCCCAGCCUCAAGAAGUUCGUAUGUAAAGCGCCAGGGGCCUCUCCUGGUAAUCCUCUGAGCCCAUCCCUUCCCGAGAAAGACCGUGGGCUCAAGGGUGCUGGGGGCAGCCCAGUGGGGGUGGAAGAAGGCCUGGUAAAUGUGGGCACCGGGCAGAAGCUCCCAGCUUCUUCUGGGGCCGAUCUGUUAUGCAGAAAUCCAACCAACAGAUCCUUAAAAGGCAAACUCAUGAACAGUAAGAAACUGUCUUCGACUGACUGUUUCAAAACUGAGGCCUUCACAUCCCCAGAGGCCCUGCAGCCCGGGGGGACUGCCCUGGCGCCUAAGAAGAGGAGCCGAAAAGGCCGGGCAGGGGCCCUUGGACUCUCCAAAGGCCCACUGGAGAAGCGGCCCUAUCUUGGCCCGACUCUGCUCCUGACUCCCCGAGACAGGGCCAGUGGCACACAAGGGGCCAGCGAGGACAACUCUGGUGGAGGAGGCAAGAAGCCAAAGAUGGAGGAGCUGGGCCUGGCCUCCCAGCCCCCUGAGGGCCGGCCCUGCCAGCCCCAGACAAGGGCACAGAAACAGCCAGGCCACACCAACUACAGCAGCUAUUCCAAGCGGAAGCGCCUCACUCGGGGCCGGGCCAAGAACACCACCUCUUCACCCUGUAAGGGGCGUGCCAAGCGACGACGGCAGCAGCAGGUGCUGCCCCUGGAUCCCGCAGAGCCUGAAAUCCGCCUCAAGUACAUUUCCUCUUGCAAGCGGCUGAGGUCAGACAGCCGGACCCCUGCCUUCUCACCCUUCGUGCGGGUGGAGAAGCGAGACGCCUUCACCACCAUAUGCACUGUUGUCAACUCCCCUGGAGAUGCGCCCAAGCCCCACAGGAAGCCUUCCUCUUCUGCCUCCUCUUCCUCAUCCUCAUCCUCCUUCUCCUUGGAUGCAGCCGGGGCCUCCCUGGCCACGCUCCCUGGAGGCUCCAUCCUGCAGCCACGGCCCUCCCUGCCCCUCUCCUCCACGAUGCACUUGGGGCCUGUGGUUUCCAAGGCCCUGAGUACCUCUUGCCUUGUUUGCUGCCUCUGCCAAAACCCGGCCAAUUUCAAGGACCUUGGGGACCUCUGUGGGCCCUACUACCCUGAACACUGCCUCCCCAAAAAGAAGCCAAAACUCAAGGAGAAGGUGCGGCCAGAAGGCACCUGUGAGGAGGCCUCGCUGCCACUUGAGAGAACACUCAAAGGUCCCGAGUGCGCAGCUACCACCGCUGCCGGGAAGCCCCCCAGGCCUGACGGCCCAGCCGACCCGGCCAAGCAGGGCCCACUGCGCACCAGUGCCCGGGGCCUGUCCCGGAGGCUGCAGAGCUGCUACUGCUGUGAUGGCCGGGAGGAUGGGGGCGAGGAGGCAGCCCCAGCCGACAAGGGCCGCAAACACGAGUGCAGCAAGGAGGCCCCGGCAGAGCCCGGCGGGGAGGCGCAGGAGCACUGGGUGCACGAGGCCUGUGCCGUGUGGACCGGCGGCGUCUACCUGGUGGCUGGGAAGCUCUUUGGGCUGCAGGAGGCCAUGAAGGUGGCCGUGGACAUGACGUGUUCCAGCUGCCAAGAAGCCGGGGCCACCAUUGGGUGCUGCCACAAAGGAUGCAUCCACACCUACCACUACCCGUGUGCCAGCGAUGCAGGUUGCAUAUUCAUCGAAGAGAACUUUUCUUUGAAAUGUCCCAAACAUAAGAGGCUGCCGUUGUAAUCCACCCCAACGGCCGGAGGAGCCGCCGGAGCCCGCCUGCCCGCCCGCCGCCGAAGGAGAGGAGCCGCCUGCGCAGCCCCCGGGCCUUUGAGCUGCUCCCAGUGCGGGUCCAGAGCCGAUCCUUGAUCUGGGUCCCGGAUCGUGGAUCCGGCCGCCUAGGGCUCAGACUUGCGGCCCCGGGUUGGGAGGAAAACCCGUUCCGGAGCCGCCUGCUCCCGGAACCGGACGGCACAGGGCGUUCUUGCCCACCCCAGGGGCCAGGCUUGCGGAGGGGGAGCCCGCGGAGCGGCCAGACUCCCCGGGGCGCUCAGCCUCCGGCGAGGGUGCGAGACGGCUUUGGCCUGGGGACGCUUUUCCCCUCUGGAAUCUCAAGACGACGUGGCACACAUUCCACGUGGGUGCUGUCGCCACCCCAGUCGGUCGUGGCGUGCAGCUGGGAGCCCUGGGCUUGGGGGUGGGGGUCGAAACAGUCCUGGAAGAGGCGGAGGGCGGCUCCUGGCUCCGUGGACUAGGUGGGGGAGCCCUUUCUAAGAGCGGGCUAGGCAGACGCUGGAGGGACCUCAGCCUUUGGAACAAACCGUGCGGAACGCUUCCAGGGGCCUUCCCGCCCAGCCUUUGCCAGAGCGAUUCGGGCAAAGCCGGGAUAGACCUGGGCUGUGCUCGGUUAGGGGUUGCAGGCUCCCCGAGUGUGGGCGGGACUGGGACACCCUUUGGCCUCUGUUCGUCCCCUUUCCAGUCCACCCCACCCCUGGAGCCCAGCCUGGGAGCGCAAAACCCAAGAAGCGGCCAGAACGCACCUCCGGCGGACGCGCGACCGUUGUGCACCACCAGGGACUGCCGCGCCCACUCUGCACGGGAGCAGGGACAGCGCUAGAUUCGUGUACAAAACCUGUGUACCCCUCUAUAUAUAUGUUACAUAGAAUGUAUAUAUGUUGGGAACAUGCUCGCUUCUCCCGUGUGUCCCCGCCGUGCGUCGUGCGCCCGCAACAGAGCCCCAACCGGGCCUUUGCCGGGUAGGGGGCUACCGCGACGCCCCUUGCCCACGCAGCCACCACCGGCCCGGGCCAGUCCCUGCGAGUCCGUCCGCCUGUCCGUCCGUGUCCUCAGCUCUGUCCACGCUUCGAUAGGCCUGAUGCAGCCCCCAGCCCAGGGCCGCCCUAGCAACUUCCUGUACAUAUGACUGUAAAAUGGUAAACGUGUGUAUUAUAUCUGGCCUCGUUAUAUAGUGUAUAUAUAUGUAUACAUAUACAUAUAUAUAAUAUAUAUGAAGACUGUAAAUGUUAAGACGACUAGUGUUCUUAUUAGUAUAUUGCUUCACACUGAAGAUUGUGUGUAUCGAGCUGUUUCUAAAAGAUGUUUAUUUUCCUUAAGAGUAAAAAACAGUCAUUGCAUUCAGAAAAAAAAAAAAAAAAGUCAAUAAAGAUACAACGAUUGUUUUGGAAAA